UCUUAAAUCUAAUAUACUUGUAUCGCUUUUAAUGUUUCUAUUGUAAUAGUAUUUAUUUAAAAGAGAAAUAUUGAUAAUACAAUAUAUAUAUAUAUAUAUAUACACACGCGCGCGCGCGUGCGCACACACACACACACACACACACAGACACAUGUUUCUUCCAUAAACAUGGAUUCUGUUUGCUGCGGAUGUCACGGAGUAGUUUCAAAUGAGAAUGCAAAAAAUAUAUUAAAUGACGAUUUAUCGAUCGAACCUUCGGAUUAUAUCGAUGCAGGUCCAAUAGUUAGUAAAAAAAUAAUUAAAUUAUAUGAUGGAAUUGAACUAUUAACAGGCUAUAAAAUACCCAAGGACCUAAAUUCUGCGGUAUUAUGCGCAACAUGUUGUCAAAAGAUAGAAUCCUUUACAGUCUUUCGAAUGCAACUUUUGGAUACAUUUGAAAAACGAGCCAACUACAAUAAUCCUGAAAAUGUGUCCAAAUCUAUAUCCGAUUCAGAAUCUAUACGACGUUUGGAGGAUCAGAAAAACAGUUCGAUUGUGGAUAAAAUUGCUAACGUUAUCGUUAAUAAAAUUCCAAAUAAUUAUAAAUUAUCAGAACCGAAAGUUACAGUCGACGAUGGUAUUAAUGUAAUCGACAAUAGUAUACCCUUAGAAUUAAAUAAUUCAUUGAGCGACGAAUCUGAAACAAAUGAUUCUUUAGGAAGUAAUAGAUUGUCAAACGAUCAUGAGAAUAAUAAUCUUAAUGAUUUGGAUUAUUCAAAUGAAGUUACAGAUAUUAAUCAUUCUAAGGUAAUAUUUUCAAAAGUACAAGAUAAUGAUAUAGAAUCGGAAGUUGAUAUUUAUUCGGGAGAAUACGAUGAGGUGUUGGAAUUAGAUGUACAAUGUAAGAACGACGAUAUAACGGAUUUAGCAAGUAUUUCUGAAUCCGAAGCAGAGGUAUAUGAUUAUGAGCCUAUUGGAAAAAAAAUUAAGAACUACAAUGCACUAUCGCCUGCUUUACUCUUCUAAAAUGUACUCAUUUAUUGUUAAAUUUAAGUAGACUAUGGUCUCACUUUACGAGUUAUAUAUCAGAAUCUCUUAUUGCAUGCUAUUCAAAUUUAUGCAAAUGUUUGUGUAAUAUACCAAUGAUUUGUAUGUAUAUAAUUUGGAGAUAUUCAAAGUAUUAAGAAAAGUAUCUUAUUAUGAAUUAUUCUUAAAGAAUACAUUUAUAAGAAAAUAAA